ACUGCUUCAGGCUUCUUCCCUUCAUCCCACUAUCCGUCCCCUCCCCCGCAGCCCUUCCUCCUGCAUCCUUCCCUCUUGCAUCCUUCCCUCCUGCAUCCCUCCCUCCUGCAUCCCUCCCUCCUGCAUCCCUCCCUCCUUCCUUCCCUCCUUCCGUCUGCCUGCGCAGAGCCGCGGACAUGGCGCUCAGCAAUUUCCUCUUCGCUCAGUGCAUCUGCUACUUCCUGGCUUUCCUCUUCAGCUUCAUCGUGGUGGUGCCCCUCUCCGAGAAUGGCAAUGACUUCCACGGCCGGUGCCUGCUCUUCACCGAGGGCAUGUGGCUCAACGCUAACCUGACGGUGGAGAGGCAGCGUUUCACUGUACAAGAGUGGGGGCCCGAGGCUGCCUGCCGCUUCAGCAUCUUCACCGGGCUCCUCUCCCUCCUGCUGGCCACAGUGCAGGCCUGGAGGACUCUCUUCUUUCUCUGCAAAGGGCAUGAGGACUCUUUCUUUUAUGCCUUCCUGAAUCUGCUGAUCAGCGCCUUUGUGGUGUUUAUCACAUUUAUUGCUAGCACUAUAGUGAGUGUAGGAUUUAACAUGUGGUGUGAUGCAAUUACCGAAAAAGGAAGCAUGCCAAAUAGCUGUGAAGAAUUACAGGAUAUAGAUCUUGAACUGAACUUAGAAAACUCUGCUUUCUAUGACCAGUUUGCUAUUGCACAGUUUGGUCUCUGGGCUGCCUGGCUGACUUGGCUGGGAAUUACCAUUCUGGCUUUCCUAAAGGUUUAUCACAACUACAGACAGGAGGACCUGCUAGAUAGCCUGAUUCAUGAGAAGGAGCGGUUGCUAGGAAGAUCCUCUUCACGAUCCUCUUUGCAAGAUGAGAAAAGUGGAAUGAUCUAAAGUGAUUGCUGAGGGGACUGGAGAGUGCCAUAUAUCAGAACAGAACAGGUAGUGAGGAGAACUGUCAGCACAUUUCCUACGAGGGAUUUUGGCUUUCAGGCUGUGAUAUGAGGGACCCAGCAUGGAACUGCCUAUUGCUUACUACCUGCUCAUAUGGCUUCACAAACUGCAAAGAACCUCCUUGAAGCAUGUGUUUGCCUAAACUCUGCUUCUGGAGAGAGCUACCUGUGUCAGCUGUGCAGAUACCUAUUGCAAAGGUGCUGGCAUUGCCACCAGGUUUGAAGGGACUGCUUUUUAAACCUCUUCUUUCAGUGUUGAGAGAUCCAUAUACCCUACAGCUGGCCAUUGGCCCUGUGUAGCUCGUGGCUUUUGUGGGGAAGGAAAGGCUGUUACCAAAUCUAGACCUGACGCUUUUGAAAGUAGCUCAUUGAAAUCCAUUGUUCUAAAAGGUUUGGGAGUCUUUGGGAGUUUUGGAUCUGAAGCAGAUCUUUUUUGCUUAUGUCAGUGCAGCCUCUCUGAAAUGUAUAUCCUGUGGUUUAUGUACUCAUGAGCUACUGUCUCUUCUUAUAUCCAUGUGGGAAAAGCUUUGUAUAAAGAGGUCCUUGUGUAAUGGGUAUUUGGGGACAAAUCUAAUGACUUUUCAUGACUUUUUUUUUAAACUAUUGAAAGCAGUAGAGGGGCAGAUCAUCUGCUGAUUUACAUAGCUUAGGUUUGUGAGCCAUGCUGAAGCCACACUAGUCCACACAAGCUGAGGGAAUAGCUGGUCUGUUUUGAAUAUUAUCUCUGUUGAUUUGUAUAGUCUUUUGCAGUGUAAUGACUGCUGAUUUGGAGCUUUAAUUGCAUGCAUUUGACAAAAUCAGAACUGGAGUGAGGUUUACUAUUGUUUUGAUAUAGUCUCAAAAGGGAAGCUUUUUACUAGCAUUUUAAUAUAGCCUUUGUAAAUGCUUGGUAAAUAAAAAUUCUGAGUCCAAUCCUUUUGCUAAUGGAGUCACUGAAAAAGUUUCCUUUGGCUUUACUAGGAGCUGGAGUGGGUUCUAUAUAAAUGCUACACUCUUGUGUUACUGAGUCUGCGUGUUUUAUAUAUGGAUGCUUUUUGCUGGGCAGUACAUUGGCUUUUUAUGAUUUGGUGAUACACAAAUAAAUUAUUUGAAAAGUCAA